UUGAAGCAUUUGAAGGCCACGCCUUGGCACAGAGGCUGAGCAGGAGUGGAAAGUACGUGUCGUUCAGUUGUUGUGGAACCAGCAAACCGAGAGGAGCCACGAUGGACAGCAAUGAGUUUAUUGACUUUGACAUAGGCGCGCCGUGGGGCCGCAUCGCCUGCCGCUGGUACGGCAGCCGUCAGGUGCGUCCGCUGCUCGCCAUUCACGGCUGGAUGGACAAUAUGGGCAGCUUUGCACGUCUUGUCCCAUUGCUGCCCGGCCAUCUGGGCGUCCUGUGCAUCGAGCUGUCUGGCCACGGUCGCUCCUCGCCGUAUCCGGCUGGCAUGCAGUACUCCGUCAUUGAGUGGACCAGCAUCAUUCGCUGCGUGGUGUUGCAUUUCAAGUGGAAGCGCGUCUCGCUGAUGGGCCACUCGUUUGGGGCCAUCGCCUGCAAUUUGUAUGCCUCGUUCUAUGGCCGGGAUCACGUGGAUAUGCUGAUUGCCAUCGAUCUGCUGACCAUACCCUACAAGAGCAGCAGCUUCUACAUCAACUAUCUGGCCAACAGCGUGGAGCGCAUGCUCACGCCCACGCCAGCGCCCAAGCUGUAUACCGCGGAUCAGCUGAAGAACGCGCGCUGGGGUCCAGCUCCCACGAUCAGCAAGGAGCAGGCUCAUCCGCUGAUCGAUCGCUGCGUGCGGCAAGCGCCCGAUCAGCCCGAAAAGUUCUACAUAUUCCGCGACUCGCGCCUCAUCCACCACUCGCUCUUCCCACCCGGCACCGGGCUGGUGAGGGAGCUGAAUCGGCGCAUACGCAACAUACCCUACAUGGUCAUCAAGGCAAGCAACUCCAACUUCAUCAACGACGGUUUCAUACCGACCUUCGAGAUUCUGCGCAAACAGAAUCCCGCCUUCGAGUAUCAUUUGGCACAGGGCCCUCACCACGUGCUCAUCAGCGAUCCCCAGCAGCUGGCUGCCUGGAUUGUGCCAUUCAUAAACAAGCAUCGACCGCCCACUCGAUGGGAGCAUCCAGGCGAGCUGAAUGUGAUCAGCAAGCUAUAAAGAGUUCAAGAAUUGA